AUAAUUAUAAUUUAAAUCAACGUGAUAACAGAACGAAAGUCUUACUGUUUAAUAUUUAUCUAUUCUGUGACAGAACUUUACUAUUUAAACACUUAAGUAGUUUAGUACUAUUUAAUACUUACGACUUACGAGUAACAAUUAAUAAUAAUUUUACGACUUACGCGCUACAAAUUUUAAUGUAAAUUAUUAGUCUAAUUAGCAUCUACGAAUUAUAAUAUUACUGAAGUUAAACCUGAACAAAACUAGAUUAUCUAUGCGUUACAACUGUACAGAAUAAAAUUAAUAUUAUUACUUUAGACUUUUUUAGACCUGUCAUUAAAAUACAAUCGUUGAAACGAUGAAAAUCGAUUCGGAUUUUUUACCAGAGAAACAAUGUAUCGUUAUCGAUAUUGGAACUAAGUACACAAAAUUUGGGUUUGCUACUGAACAUUCGCCUAGAUGUAUUAUACCUACUUGUUGUGAGAUAGAUGGUACACCUAUUUCUGACAUAUAUACAUGUAAAGAUGUACAGACACUUACAUUAGCUUUAACAAAUUUCAUACACAUGUUAUUUUACAAGUAUGCACUUGUGGCACCUAAAGAUAAAAAAGUAAUUAUUGUAGAAUCAUUAUUAUCACCGACUACAUUUAAAGAAAUACUCGCUAAAGUUUUGUUCAUCACUUAUGAAGUUGCAUCACUAUGUUUUGUUCCGUCACAUUGUGCUUCUUUGUUUACACUUGGAAUUUCCACUGGUUUAGUACUUGAUGUAGGAUACAAAGAAGCUAUUCUUAUACCAGUAUGUGAAGGAGUACCUGUUUUACGGUUAUGGCAAGCAAUGGCAUUGGCAGGACAAACAGUAGAAAAUCAAAUCAAAACUCGUAUUGAUAUUGGUCAAUUAUCUCCUGAUGAAUCGAUAGACAAUAUUGCUGAAGAUAUUAAAGCCAGAACCUGUUUUGUGACUUCAUUAAAACGUAGCAAAAUUCUAGCCACGGGUCAAAAUGUUGAACCAAAAACUUCUGAUGUUGAAUAUCAUAUAAAUGGAGAGAGAUCUAUCACAAUAUCAGGAGAUAUUAGAGAAACAGUCCAUGAUGUAUUAUUUGAAGAAAAUAUUGAUGAAAUGUCUAUCACUACUAUGAUCCUUGAAACCAUAAUUAAUAGUAAUGUGGAUACGCGAUUAAAGCUUGCGGAAAAUAUUGUUCUCAUAGGUGGUACAGUGAUGGCUAAAGGUUUCAUGUCAAGAUUAAAAGAAGAACUUGUAGAAAAACUUAAGUCUCCCAAAUAUAACAACUUAAAAAUCACUAAAUUCAAAUUUCAUAUUGCACCUGCGUUUGAAAAUUACAUUGCGUGGCUUGGAGGAUCAAUAUUUGGAAGUACAAAUAAUUUGAACAUACUUUCACAAACAAGAGAAAAUUAUAUAAAUGAAAAUUUUGUUCCGGACUGGCCUACAACUUUCACUAGACAAAAAAUUGAAUAAAUCAUAAUAACCUCAUUUUUUUAUAAAUAUAUAUAUUUAUUUUUUUUAUUACAAAUUAACAUUUGUUUGAUCAAGGAAAAUUUGUUCUUAAAAUAAUUUAUUAUAUUCAUUAUUUCUGUAUAACCAUUUUCAAUUAAUAUGUACUAAAAAAAAUAAUGAAUGUUCUAAACUGUAAAUAUAAAAAAUACUUCAUUACUGCUUAAUAGUUGGUACAACAUAAACAAUCAUUGUUUUUUGCCCUAGUCAGGUUUGUUUGAUUUUUCUCAUAUUUAUAAAACUGAUUUUUAAAAUAUUAGAAGUAAUGAACAUAUUAAUAAAAUUAAAUGAUUUACAUUGA